GUAUCUACCAGAGAAUAUUUUGAAAAAUUGGUACGGUGUGCAUACUUUAUGAUAAGGUAAAGAUUGGCACUUAGUAUAAACUUUGAAGAACUUGUUCGAUUCAUUGCAGACCUUGGUGUUGAAGAACUGUCCUCUUAUCUUGAUAAAAGUCCAUCAGUAACUUAUUUGUCAUCUACUUCAGUUACCGAUAUUAUAGAAGCCAUAAGCAUACCUAUUGAGGAAGAACUUUUAUCCUCUCUGAGAAAUGCUGAAAAGAGAAGUUCUUUGCCUUAUUGGCAGAUGAGAGUACAGAUGAGGCCAAUAGGGAACAAUUUUCAAUCAUGUACAUGUGGUUACACAAUAACGAGGUGAAAGAGCACUACAUGCGACUGAUACAUGUGAAAAAACAGAUGCUUUAAGCUUGCUGACAGCCAUUGAGCAGUUCUGCAUGGCCAAAAAUGUUGAUCUCACAAAUGUUAGGUUUCUUGGUUUUGAGGGAACAAAUACAAUGAGUGGGGAAGUGACAGGUUUACAGAGAAGAAUCAGACACCUGUCACCCCAUUGUAUCUACAUAAACUGCAGGAACCAUAGACUCGCCUUGUGUUUGAAACACCUAAUGAAAGAAUAUCCUUUGUUGAUUGAAGUUGACAGCAUUCUAUUGUCAGUAUGGAAACUUUUUGAAUAUUCACCACAAAAGUUUUCUAUGUUAAAUGACAUACAACAAACAUAUGGAUUGAAACCUCUUACUUUCAUCAGGGCAGCAACUACCAGAUGGCUGUCACAUUUAACAGCAUGCACAAGGUUGAGUGAUAGGUUUGUUCAAGUGUUGGAUGUACUUGAUGACAUUUACAAUGAAAAGAAGGACCAUGAAAUUUAUGGCAUUAUAGAAGGACUUCUUCAGAAACCAUUAGUUGCAAUGAUCUUGUUGCUGUGUGAUGUUUUGAGGCCACUGCAUAUACUUAGUCAAUAUUUACAGGGAUCUGAUGUUAACUUUACAUAUUUGCCGUUUCAUUUGAAACGGACUACUGAUCAACUGCAAUCACUCAUUGAUUCCCUAAAGAACAAUGAUGAAACAACAAAGUUUUCCAAAGCAGACACAUUUUUCAAUGAAAUAUAAGACAGAACAAAUCUAGCCAUGAGGAGAAGGGGUUUUGUGGACAUAACUCCACAGCAUUUCCUUGAACGUACAGGAAUACCUUUCAUCUACAAACUCAUUGCAGAAGUUGAGGAUGCCUUUGUGUGUUCUCCAGUGCUCAAAGCUUUUGGGUCAUUAGAUAUUAGAAAUCUUCCAGACUCCAUUCCAGAAGCUGCUAGCACUGACUAGG